UUGAGGGUUGCAUUUCCGUUCCAGGUCCGGCACCGCUGGUGUGAGCUGGUGGUUAAACACACGUAUGCUCAGGCUUAUGCCGAUGUGGAGCACUUUCUGAUUCAUGAUCAGGCUAUGGGUGUGUACCUGUAUGGGGAGCUAAUGGUUCAUGAGGAUCCUGAGCAGCAGGCUUUGGCUCGCCGCUGUCUCUCAUUGGUCCGGGAGGAAAUGGACCAGUCGGCACGCAAGGUGGUGGAGGAAAUGAUCCUGUGA